CGACGCAGCUAGAAUAUGAAAAACUAACAUGCCAAAAAGUCAUGAUGGAGAAUGGCUGCCCCAGAGGCACUGGGUUUGUCAGCUUUUCAUCUCCUGGUGAAGCCAGAAAGGCCAUCUUGGAGAUGAACGGCAGGUUGUUGGGCAGCAGGCCAGUGUUUGUGACUCCAGCUCAGAGCAAGGAGGAGCAUGUCCACACAAGGCUAAACACAAUAUCCAGCCACAGCCUACAGAUGCAGCUCCAGAGCGUAGGGGAGAAAAGCAGCAGGACAAGAACACAAGCAGAGCGCAAACCACACCGCAGCCCAUGGAUGCACAGGGUCAUGGGGAAUCCUGGAGGCUAUCCCAGGGAGCAUCGGGCACAAGUUGGGUACACCGUGGACAGGGUGCCAAUCCAUCGCAGGGCCCAAUCACACACGCAUUCACACACUACGGACGUGCCAAUCAGCCUACCAGCUGAUUGGACUGGGGGAGGAAACCGAAGUACCCGGAGGAAACCCCCGCAGCAGGGGAGAACAUGCAAACUCCGCACACACAGGGCCACGGCAGGAAUCGAGCCCCUGACCCUGUAGGUGUGAGGCAAACGUGCUAACCACUAAGCCACCGUGCGCCCUGAGACACUAACUUGAAGAGAGAAUUGUAAUAAUUGAGUGUUGUUCAUAAAACCAUGAAAACAGAUCAUGUGUGUAACAGUACACUGCUCAGAGAACAUGGCAGACUCAGGUUAAGGAUGCGUGUGAGAUUGGUGCUCGUGCCCAUUGGCACAGUCAGUGGGCAGUAACGUAAAACUUAAAUAAACAGAAGUUCAGCUCUUCAGGUUGCUCACCACUUAUCCUGCUCAGCUUCGGCAUUUACUGAGAGGAAAAUCAUAAAUAAGGCAUU